AUGCUGCUCUUGGAUUACCAGAAUGUUUUGAUCCAAUCACUCCUCACGGAGCGCUUCUCAGGUGCUGCCCCGGCCUCAAUUGACCAAGUGGCCUCCGACUUCGAUGGCGUUACAUUUCACGUAUCUACCCCUGAAACCAAAACCAAGAUCCUCAUCUCCAUCAACGUGAAAUGCUUCAAGGAGCUCGUUCAGUAUGGCGCCCAGGAGGUGCUUGAGCGGGAAUAUGGGUCCUACAUUGUGUCGCCUGAGCCCGGUUAUGAUUUCUCAGUACAGGUCGAUCUUGAGAACUUGCCUGCUGAGCAGGAAGCUCGCGAUGAAUUGAUCAUGAAGUUGGCCCUGUUGAAGCGCAAUGCCAUGGCAGCUCCUUUUGAGAGAGCGUUCGACGAGUUCAAUAAACUUUCCGAGGAAGCCUCGCGGUAUACAUCUGAGUCGGCACCACAAGGAGUGAAGGAAGGUGGUGAGGUAAUGGCGAUCCAUUACCGCGAGGAGGAGGCCAUCUACAUUAAGGCCAGCUAUGACCGAGUGACCGUGAUCUUCAGCACUGUGUUCCGGGAGGAGACGGACCGUAUCUUUGGCAAGGUCUUCUUGCAGGAAUUCGUGGACGCCAGACGCCGUGUUGUGACUCUUCAGAAUGCUCCUCAAGUGCUCUUCCGCAACGACCCCCCACUUGAAUUGCAAGGUAUUCCUGGUCUGCCAAAUGCGGGCGAGGGUGAAAUUAGCUAUGUUACAUUUGUUCUGUUCCCCCGACACUUGACUCCUCAGCGCCGUUACGACAACAUCUCCCAUAUCCAGACUUUCCGCGACUACUUCCAUUACCACAUCAAGGCCUCUAAGGCCUAUAUCCACACCCGUAUGCGCAAGCGUACAGCUGAUUUCCUCCAAGUCCUUAACCGAGCCAGACCCGAAAACGAAGAGCGCGAGCGCAAGACAGCCAGUGGUCGGACGUUCCGUGUGCAGAGCUAG